CUCUCCCGUACCACCCUGACCACCUCCCACCUCUUCAUCCUCCCUCGACGCCUUCACCAUGCCAAAGAAGAGCGAGAAGAGGACCGCAAAGGGUCGUCUUGAUAAGUUCUACUGGCUUGCCAAGGAACAGGGAUUCCGAUCCCGUGCUGCCUUCAAGCUCGUGCAGCUCAACAAGAAGUUCAACUUCCUAGAGGAUGCUCGGUGCUGUAUCGAUCUGUGUGCUGCGCCGGGAGGUUGGCUGCAAGUGGCGAGCAAGCACAUGCCCCCCAACAGUCUCAUUGUAGGAGUGGAUCUUGUUCCCAUCAAGCCCAUCCCUCGGUGUAUCACCUUUGCAGAGGAUAUCAACUCUUUCAAAUGUAGAGAUCGACUGAGGCUGGAGCUCAAGGAUUGGAAGGCAGACAUCGUUCUCCACGAUGGAGCUCCCAAUGUUGGUACUGCCUGGGUGCAGGAUGCAUACACUCAGUCCGAACUGGUCUUGCAAUCGCUCAAGCUGGCAGUCGAGUUUCUGGCUCCCGGGGGUCACUUCAUCACAAAGGUCUUCCGCUCGAAGGACUACAACAACCUCAUGUGGGUAUUCAACCAGCUGUUCAAGAGGGUCGAAGCCACCAAGCCUCCGUCAUCUCGUAACGUUUCCGCCGAGAUUUUCGUGGUCUGCCAAGAGUACAAGGCCCCGCGUCGCAUUGAUCCUAAGUUCCUUGACCCGCAACAUGUCUUCAAAGAUCUGGAGCCUCUGAGGGAUGGAGAGGACGAGUCGAUGAAGGGCACUAGCGCAGCUAAUGUUCACGCAAACGUCUUUGAGCCCGAAAAGAAGCGCAGAAAGCGUGAGGGAUACGAGGAGGGCAACUACACGCUCUACAAAGCUAUACCGGCCUCACACUUCAUCAGGCAGUCAGACGCCGUGUCAAUGCUCGGCACAUACAAUCAGAUCACCUUCAAAGAUCCCGAGGAUAAGGAGAUUCUCAAGCACUCCGAGACCAAUGAUGACAUCAAGGCCAACUGUGAGGACUUGAAGGUUCUCGGCAAGAAAGACUUCAGGAACCUUAUGAAGUGGCGCUUGGCCUUGCGCGAAUACUUUGGUCUGGAGGCCAAGAAGGCCGAAGUGCCUGAGGAGACUACCGAGACAGCUGAAGUGGAAGAGCUAGACUCUGAUGAGGAAAUGGAUGCUGAGCUCGAGAAGCUCACUGAGGAGGAGCAGAGAAAGGUGCGAAAGGAGAGGCGGCGGAGGAAUGAGACUCGAGCAAAGAGAGUCCUCAAGAUGCAGCUGCAGAUGACUACGCCUAUGGACAUUGGUAUGGAGCAAGGAGACGAGAGUCUCAUGGGCGGUACGGACGACUUUUUCGACCUCAAGGGCACCAGCAAGAAGGACGCUGAUGACCUGCAUGCCGAGGACCUUGACGAAGAGGACGAAGCCGAGCUUACGACCAUCACUAGCGGGGACGACGCCGAGGAUGAGGAAGACGAGAAGGAAGCACGCCUCAGACGCCUCGAAGGUGACAUGGACGGUCUGUACGAUGACUAUCAGACCCGUCGGUCAGAGCGAGAUGCUAAAUACCGAGCGAAGGAGGAGCGUCGCAAGAACAAGAAUCUCGAGGAAUGGCACGGCAUCAACGAGAAGGAGGGUGAAGACGACCACAGUGAUGCUGAGAGCAGCGUUGGCGGGUAUGACAUCGUUCAGGGCAAGAAGGAGAAGGAAGAGACUUUCGACACCGACGACGAAGAGGAUGAGGCUGAAGAAGAAGAGAUGAAGCAAGCCAUGAAGGCCGAGAAGCGAAGACGGGCUGCUCUUCUAGCCUCUCGGGAGGCUGCUGCUGUAGAAGCCAAGGCGGGCAAGUCCAAGAAGCGCCGGCAGCGUGCUGAUGAAGACGAUGAGGAUGAGGUUGACAGUGGCCUUGUCACGUCACUGGAGAGCAAGAAGGACGUCAAAGCAAGGCAGAGCCGAGAAGCUGCUAUUUGGUUUGACAACCCUCUCUUCAAAGGGGUCCCUGGUCUCGACAUGGUCGAAGAUGAGGACGACGACGACGACGAUGAGGAGGACGACGACGAAGAAGAAGACGAGGAGGAAAGUGAGGAGGAAGAGGAAGACGAGGAGUCUCUGGAGGAGGAUGAAGAGGCUUCUGGCGAAGAGGUCGACGAUGAGAGCGACUUCGAAGUUGUCCCUCAAGAGCCAGAAGACGAUGGUGACGACUGGCACGUCACCGACCUUGAUGUUGAUGAGGAGAAGCGUCGCUUCAUCGAAGAGCACGGUCUCACAACUGCCGAAGCCAUCACUCUUGCCCAGCAGCUAGUCAAUCGCGAGAAGAGCAAAGCCGACCUGAUUGAUCAAGGUUUCACAAAGGCCAAUUUUGUCGACAAGACCGACUUGCCCAGCUGGUUCCUCGACGACGAGGCCAAGAAUUGGAAGGCCAACAUCCCUAUCACCAAGGAAGCCAUGAAUGCCCUCCGCGCUCGUCAACGUGCUCUGGAUGCUCGUCCAAUCAAGAAGAUUGCCGAGGCUAAAGCGAGGAAGAAGUUCAAGGCUGCUCAGCGCAUGUCCAAAGCACAGAAGAAGGCCGAGGACCUUCUUGCCAAUGAAGACGGCGAGCUUACCGAGCGUGACAAGGCCAGCUCCAUCUCCAAGCUCCUCGCUCGUGGAGCGGCCAAACCAAAGCAGCGUGAGACGAAACUCGUCGUCGCCAAAGGACCCAAUCGUGGUCUCAAGGGACGACCAAAGGGAGUCAAAGGAAGAUUCAAGAUGGUAGAUGGAAGAAUGAAAAAGGAAUUGAGGGCACAAAAGAGGAUUGAUAAGCGCAAUGGAAAGAAGGUGGGAGGAGGAAGGACAAAGCAGAAGCCGAGGAUUCCGAAUGGGUAUGGUGGGAGGUAAGAGGGAGCGUGGGUGAGGGAGGAGGGCUGGCAAUAUUUCCCUUGUAACAGUAGCUUUCACAUUUCGACUCGUAAAGGGCCAAUCAUUUCAUCUGAUCUUACAUCGGUGUGAGGUUGUUAGUGAGAUCAGAACGCGAGAUGUGGAAACGGAGCACUGGCAUCUAUAAUGGCUCUCUGGGGUACAUAAUA